AUGCUGCGCAAGUUAGCGAUCAUCGCCGCCCUGGUGGGCUGCGCUGCCGCCGAGCCGAAGCCGGGAUUCGCCGCCGGAGGUCUUGCGAUCGCUGCACCGACGCUCGCCUACGGCGCCGGCCUCGGCUACGGAGCUGGCCUGGCUUACGGACCCGUCGGCUUGGGGUACGGAUACAGAGCGAGGAUCGCUUCCCCGAUCGCCGCCGCCGCCGCCGCCACUAUCCCUGCUCCAGUAUUGGCCUACGGUGGUCUCGCUUACGGCCCUCGUCUCGGUUAUGGCUAUUCCGGGCUCGACCGUAGCUACGGGUUUGGAUACGGAGGUUUCGGACUCGCUCGGGGAUACGGCUAUUCCCGACCUAUUGGCUCAGCUUACGGUUACGGCUACUAA